AUGGCGAAGCAAGUAAUUUGGCAAAUAAACAUUAAUCACGACAGGGCUGCACAGGAUCUAUUAAUGCAAGAAAUAAUAGAGAACAACGCAGAAAUAACUGCAAUAUCGGAGCCUUACUUUGUAUCGGUGAACCAUAGGUGGUUUGGAUCCACGGGGAACAAACCAGGUGCAGCAAUCUAUUGUAAUAGUCAAAAUUUUAUCGCUAGACUCAUAGCCAAAGGAGACGGAUACGUGGUAGUCAAAUACAGAGAAAUUACAUAUUACAGUGUGUAUUUCCCCCCUAGUUUAAAUAACGAGGAGUACUCGUAUUGGCUAACAAGAAUGGAAACGGUGGUGCACCCGAUCCAAACAGAGAAGAUGUUAAUACUAGGAGACUUUAAUGCCAGAUCCCCAUUGUGGGAUGCGAGGAAUUUCAAUAUAAAGGGUGAAAUGGUUAUAGAUCUUGCCAAUGCGCUAAAUAUAAGAUUACUAAACAAGAGAUACGUCUCAACCUGCGUAAGGACCCAAGGAGAGUCAACGGUGGAUCUAUCUUGGGCAACACCCGUCACUAGAGUAGACGAAAACAACUGGAAGAUAAGAGAAAACGUCAUCACGCUGUCGGAUCACAAGCUCAUAGAAAUAAGCAUAGGUGAUAAAGGAUGUAAAGAGGAACUAAGGGCUAUGAAAAACAAGAACUUUCCAAGCUGGAACAUAAGGAGACUGGAUGAAAACCUACUAAAAGCGAGUCUAACAUUUUCAUACUGGACCAACAGCAAUAUACACACAGGGAAUGAAGAGGAGAUGGCAAAAAAACUAGAAACCAUGUAUAAACUGGCGUCGGAUAUGGCGAUGCCAAGGAAAGGAGUACAUAGGAAGCGGUCCACCUAUUGGUGGAACGAUAACUUAAAGGAGAUACGAAAAGAGUGCAUCAAAGUAAGAAGGAAAAUUAUAAGAGCGAGGAGAAAAAAUAACUCCCUGAUAAUAGAAGACUUAAAAAGGGAGAAUAGGCAACUACAGCACGACUUUAAAUCAGAAAUCAGUAAGUCAAAGAGGAGAGCUUGGAAGGAGCUGAUUGCAAUUAUUGAUUCCGACGUAUGGGAGCUUCCUUAUAAACUGGUAAUGAAUAAACUAAGGCCAGCAACGGUACCGCUGACGGAAUCUAUGGAAAAGAAUUUCGUAACAAAAGUAGUGAAGGAACUGUCUCCAGCUGGACGGCGAAGGGAACCGAUACAAGUGGACACGGACUGGAACGAAACAUGGAAUAUAUCACACCAGGAGAUGCAAGAGGUAAUCAAGAAGAUGGGCACAAAAAAUAAGGCUCCAGGACCAGAUGGACUAUGGAAAGGAGUUAUCAGUAGGAGUAAUGGAAACAAGGUGGAGAGCCUGUUUUCAAAAGUGCCUGGAAGCAGGAAAAUUUCCGAAGGUGUGGAAAACGGCGAAACUGGUUUUACUUAA